AUGGCACAGACACCUCUAUCUCGCCAGGCUCAGCCCGGCGAUUUUCUACUUGUGAUUCAUAAUUUUGAUGCUCGUGGACCAGACGAGCUCACUUUGCGACGUGGCGAGAAGGUGGAAUUGGUCGAACUGGACGAGGGUUUCAACGACGGAUGGUAUUUGGGAAAGCACGCAGCGACGGGCAAGACGGGCCUAUUUCCAGGAGUUUACACCACCCUUCCUCCCAGAUUGAACGUGCGACGACCUGCGACCGCCUCAUCCACUGCUUCCGAAACUCCCAGUGCUAGUGAUAGCGCAGGAGCCGUUAGUGCGGAAGGAGUGACUGCCUCACCAAUCGAUAUGGAAGGAAAAGGUGAAACAACCCCGCAAGCUUCACGACGUGCUAGCGUGGCCGAGUCGCCUGAUGCUCCUUUGAACAGCAUGGAGGAAGUCACGUCCCCAGUCCUCAAACAACCACCCCAACGCUCAACUUCAAGUCCGCUACCAUCGUCACCUUCGCUUGCAACCACCAUUCAGCGCACAAUCAGCCAAACUUUCGGUAAUCACCUGAAAGGCGGCGAUUCCCCGGUGAUGAACGAAACACUGAGUGUUAUUGACGAACACAUCACCGACCUUAACACUCCUCGUCACAGUGUAACACAGGAAUCCAAAACUGUCACCGAUUCAGGAAGCGAAUACAGCAGCCAUGUUGGCCACCGUCUCUCGUACAUUAAUGGCCAUGAAACCGACGAGGAAGAGGGAGGACACCUUACAGAAGAGGAGGUCCGCAGAUGGGAUCAUAUUGAGACGGCCCGCUACUUACGGAGCUUAGGUGUUGACGCACGGCACUGUGAUAUAUUCCAAGAACAAGAGAUCACCGGCGAUGUGAUACUGGAAAUGGGCCAGGAGUUUUUGUUAAUGAAAGAAUUCGAUUUCGGCGUCAUGGGACGGAGAUUGAAAACUUGGCACAAAAUCAAAGCUCUGCAAGAACAAGUUAAAGGCAUUCAACCACAGCAGUCAGGCUCGAUAUCCAGCUAUUUUCCUCCCGACGAACAGGAGCGAGCUGCCAGUCGUGCGGGACAAAACUCGACUUUCCUCCCUCGGAUUCCCAGUUUUUCUGGCGACAAGCGGCCGACCACCUCCAUGGCACCACCUCGACGCAUGUCAUCAAUCCUUCAAGGUAGUCCAGGCUCGCCUUCAGCUAAUAGCAUACUUGGUCGAGAAGUGUCAGGUCGUCCCUCAGCAGCUUCUAUUCGUGAAUUCAAUCAUACUCGUCGUCACUCAUCGAUGGACUCAUCCCCCAAUCUCAGCCAAGGUGGCAUCGGCCAUGCCAAGAAAGGUUCGUUUGAUCGAUCAUGGACUAUGACAGGCGGACAUCCACCCUAUGCAAACCGGCCCGAGACCGCUGCAGAGACAACCGACGAGGAUAUUAUGCUACAACAAAGCUUCCUGGACAAGGCCAACACGUCGUUGGAGAACCCUCCCCGUAUCGCAAUGCCGUUUGAGACUCUUGACCGCGGGUAUUUCUCCGGCGGAGAAGUAGAAACACGGCGAACUCGCAAGUUGUUACGAAAACGCGAUUCGGCCGGAGGAAGCAUAAGCCAUUCAAGACAAUCUAGCUACGUGGAUGAACAGUCUGUUCAUCGCCGACAUUCUCGAUUUGGAAGUAGUGAGUCUAUUCAAAAAUCAAUGUCGCGGGUAUCCGUAGCGUCUAAAGCCUAUCACGGAAGUCGGGUUCGAAGCACUGGAAGUCAGGUAAUAGAUCCUACUGCGACAACGCUGGAUGGAAAAGUCGGCAGCACCCCUCCGUCGUUUUCACCAUUUGCGGGGAGGAAUGACAUGGAGACAACUGGCCGUUCCUCGCCAAUGCCGUUCUCUCAUAUCCGCAACGUCGCUCCUAAAUUCCGCCGUGCUGUUGGGCUUCGCACCACAUCUGAUAGUACCAACGGUGUGACCACCCAAGAGCCAACGCCACCGAUAUCGCCCAUCAAAGAUUUCACUCCUUUCGGCAUUGGCAGGACUGGUUCUACAACACCCUCGGCUACCUCCAAGAGCUCCGAGCGCCAUAGCACAGACGGCUCCGGCAAGACUGUCGACGGCACCAUGCCCUUUUCCGUACCGCGAGUGCCGUCCAAGACCGGCAGCAAGACCAAGAAGCACACUAGCGCUUAUAUGCGUGGCCUGGAGAAGAAGAGCCCGCAGGAACAAAUGGUGGGCUGUGAGUUUAGUGGUUGGAUGAAGAAGCGUUCGGCAAACCUGAUGACGACAUGGAAGCCGCGUUUAUUCGUGCUGCGUGGCCGUCGCUUGUCUUACUACUAUUCAGAAAAUGAUACGGAAGAACGUGGACUCAUCGACAUAACUGCGCAUCGUGUCUUGCGUGCUGAUAAUGAUCCGUUGACUGCCCUUCAUGCGACCAUCACAGGCGCUAAGGCUUCGCCUACUUCGCCAGAAGGCUCAAUCAUGUCCCCAGUAGAUAAAGCAUCCAAUCGUCCUGACACUGCGAAAUCCUCAGACGGUCCUUUUAUUUUCAAGCUAGUGCCCCCAAAGAGCGGAACGUCUCGAACAGUACAGUUUACACGGCCCACAAUUCAUUAUUUCCAAGUGGACAGCGUUCAAGAAGGACGUCUCUGGAUGGCGGCAUUGAUGAAAGCCACCAUUGAACGGGAUGUAAGCCGACCUGUGGAGACGACCAACAAGCAGAAGACAAUCAGUCUGAAACAGGCACGGAUGAUGAAUCAGCGACCUCCCGCGUUGAUGGAACCGGAACUGCCUAAGAUUCCGCAGAACAAAGAAGUGGAACCCGACGAAGGAGAUGUUGAUGGUGGAUUGAAGAUUCAAGGACUCAGCUUAGACAAGAAUGGCGUUGGACCUUUCCAUGAUGACGAUGCCCUUGCUAAGGAAGUUGGCAAUGAGGUAGACCCAGAAAAGGAUAUCUUGGCUGUUCCUACAGAUGAUCUAUUAUCACGGCCUACAGAUGACAUUUCUAGCACGACCUCCUAAAUCAGGGUUUCUCAUGAGCAGAACUACUCGGAUGUUAAAACUUUCUUUCUCAUACGAUUUUUCCUCUGUCUCCGGCCAUUUCGACUUUCCGACUACCGCGCCUCAUCAUACCUUUACAUACGAUAGGAGAAAUACAUGAGGCGUGGUAAUUUCAUUCUUUCAAUUUCCUUUCUUCGGUGUUUCAUUUUACUCUUCACUUUCCUGGACCUUUUACAUCUUUACAUAUACCCCCCUUUCGCUCGAAAUAUCAUCUUUUUGUUAUAGCACAUUUAUUGUUUAAUUACUAUGCACGAACAUAUGAUGGAAUAUGAGGAAUUCAUGUUGAGAUUUUUUCAUGUGAGAUUAAGAUACUGAUAAUGGAAAUGUUGUCUG